AUGCUUCUGGAAGACGAAACAGGCGCUGUUCUGGGAGCGGUUCCGGCUUACCUGAAAAGCCAUUCUCAGGGAGAAUACGUCUUCGACCACAGCUGGGCGGAUGCCUUCUACCGUGCCGGCGGCGACUAUUAUCCCAAACUCCAGAUUUCGGUCCCUUUCACCCCUGCGACGGGCCGCAGGUUUCUGAUCGGACCCGGGAUCAACCGGGAAGCCGGUCUGCAAGCGCUUGCCGCAGGCCUUGUACAGGUUUGCCAGCGCACUGGCGCCUCGUCGGUCCAUGCCACCUUCCUGACAAAGGGAGAAUGGGACGGUCUGGGCGAUCUGGGUUAUCUCCAGCGAACCGAUCAGCAGUUUCACUGGGAAAAUCACGGCUAUGAAAGUUUCGACGAAUUUCUGACCGAUCUUGCCUCAAGAAAACGGAAGGCUAUCAAGAAGGAGCGGCGCGAGGCGCUUUGUGCCGACGGCAUAGAGGUGGAGUGGGUAACCGGACCGGAUCUCACCGAAGCUCAUUGGGACGCGUUUUACGGUUUUUACAUGGACACGGGUUCCCGCAAAUGGGGACGGCCGUAUCUCAACCGGAACUUCUUUUCCCUGAUCAAUGAGAGACUUGCGGAGCGAACGCUGCUGAUUCUGGCCAAGCGACACGGGCGCUAUAUCGCGGGCGCUCUCAAUUUCAUCGGUUCGGAAACACUGUUCGGCCGUCACUGGGGAUGUUGUGAAGACCAUCCCUUUCUGCAUUUCGAGCUCUGCUACUAUCAGGCCAUCGAUUUCGCAAUUGCCAACGGAUUGAAACGUGUCGAAGCCGGGGCGCAGGGUGCCCACAAACUUGCGCGCGGAUAUCUGCCGGCAACGACCUACUCCGCCCACUGGAUCGCGCAUGAAGGGCUGCAUCAGGCUGUCGCUGACUACCUGGAACAGGAACGUUUCGCAGUGGAGCGCGAAAACGAGGCGCUUGCAGACCAGGCGCCCUUCAAGAAAGGUGACUGA